UUCUCUCUUUCUCUCUCUAGGGUUUCUUAUACGCACAGGAAGAUAGAUAGAUAAGCUUCUCCUUCUCAUCUCUCAGCCGACUCUGGAGCUCGCAUCGUGAUCUCUCUACUCCACAACCAUAUUCUCUUCAAUUAAGGCUCUCUGUUUGGUGGGAAUUUCUCUUCGGAGUCUUCUCAUUGCUGGGUAACCAAAUGGUUGGAGGAGGGUAGUGCCACAGGAUUCCUUUUGCAUAUGUCUAAUAUCCUGUCAGAAAGGAACAGGACUUUUCAUGUUCAAGAAGACCUUUUUGAAACUUCUUCAACUGGAUCUUCUACCGAUUCUGGCUCAACUUAUAUGUUAUAAUAUAUUAUUGGAUUGAUGUUCUGGAGAAGAGAAGGAUGUGGUGAGCAUACUUGAAUACUCAGAUAUAUCAUGUCCAACAAUCUUAUCUCGAGGCCAUUGUCAAUGGAGGAAUUACAGAUGGACCAUUCUUCCAACAACAUGGACUCAUCAAUGGAAACCAUGCAAACAGGAGUGCCAGGUAUUGCAAUGAAUAAUCAAAUAUCAAAUAUGCAGAUGGGGGGCUUGUUGCAGCAGCCCAUGUUGAGUGAAGCAAACCUUCCUAUGGAACCACCUGUGGUAGUACACAGUUCUGGAGUGCAGACUUUUGUUUCACCAAAUCAGCAAUUAGGUAGUAUGGGACAUGUUAUGAUUAAUAAUCCAAGCUUACCAAUCAAACGAAGUUACAAUGGUGAACCUUUGCUGUCAAAAAUGCAACAUAAGGUCAAUGUUCCUGGAUUUCAGCAACAACCACCCAGGAAAAUUGUACAGGCAAAUGCAAAGCUCACUCCUUCAGAUACUCAAAACCAAUUAUCUCAAAAUAAGAAAACCGUGCGCAUUGAUCCUGUUAUCUCUGGUAGACCAGGCUCUAAACAAGUGCAGGUUCCUAGAAAUCGAGUUAUGCAACAAAUGGAGUCACCUUCUCCAAAAGUAAGAAACGGCUCUUCUGAAACUGUUAGGUCAAAGAUGAGGGAAUCCUUAGUUGCUGCCUUGCGUCUUGUUUCUCUUCAGAAAAAUAAAAGUUUGAACAAUGAAAAGGUUGAGAACGAUUUCACGAUGAGUGAGGGAGGACAACAAUUGGAACAGCAGUUAAUAGAGAAAUCUGAAUUAUCUGAUUCUGUAGAUAGAUUACCCAAUACCAUGGAUAAGUCUAAUGAUGUCUAUAUCGCUACUUCUCAAGGACAAGGUAUUGUUCAAGGUAUUGUUCAAACAUGGAGGCAAGGCCUUCAUGUCAACAAUGAAAAUAAUACCCCCUUUGGUGAUAGUUUUUUUGCAAAGGAUGAGCUUUUGCAGGGUAACGGGCUUACUUGGGCAUAUGAUCUUCCUAUGGAUGUAGAAACAACAGCAAAUGAAACCAUCAAAGAAGAGCGAGAGGAGCAAUGUCCUAUAGUACUUGCUUCCAAGAUCGAAGCUGAACUCUUCAAGUUUUUUGGAGGUGUGAAUAAGAAAUAUAAAGAAAAGGGUAGGUCCCUUCUUUUUAAUCUAAAAGAUCCUAGCAACCCGGAGUUGAGAGAAAAAGUUAUAUCGGGUGAAAUCAGUCCUGAAAGAUUGUGUUCAAUGUCGGCCGAGGAUCUUGCUUCGGAAGAGCUUUCACAAUGGCGGAUAGCAAAAGCUGAAGAACUUGCACAGAUGGUUGUUUUGCCGGAUUCAAAUGUAAGGCGUUUGGUGAAGAAAACUCACAAAGGUGAGUUUCAAGUAGAGGUAGAAGACGACCAUGUUGUUUCUGCUGAGGUCUCAAUAGCUCCAAGUUCCGUUUCUAGAGAUUAUUCUGGAAGUUCAGCAGCAGUUCACAAACAGGAUACUAUUUCAGACAAGUUUACCAUUCCAAAUGAUGGUACGGAUUUAAUGCAAGGGUUGAUGGUAGAUGAUGAAUUUAAAGAUUCUGAUCUUCCUCCUAUUGUCUCCCUGGAUGAGUUUAUGGAGUCAUUAGAUGCUGAACCUCCUUUUGAAAACCUGCCCUUGGAUGUAAAGAAAACUGCAUCACCAUCUUCGUCGUGCUCUCCAAACAUCAAGAAAUUGGCAUCGCCCACAACAGAUGGUGCGAAGGUGGACUCUAGUAGUAAGUCUAAAACGGAUGAGAGUUCAAAUAUGGAUUUGAAAGCAAAGGCCAGUAGUGAAGCAAAAUUAAUAAUAGAGGAUGAACACAAUAAAUAUGAAAAUGAAGAUUCUAGGUCAAUUCCAGAUGAUGGUGAGAAGAAACAGGCAGCAGCAGCUUCAGAAGAAAGCAAGAAGUAUGUUACCAAGAUUGAUGCAGUUUGGGAAGGUUCAGUUCAGAUGAGUGUCUCAUCUUCUGUCAUGAUGAUUGGCUGUUAUAAAAGUGGCGAGAAAGCUGUAAUAAAUAAGUGGACGAGAUCCCUGGAGAUUAAGGGAAGAGUGAGGCUGGAUGCAUUUGAGAAGUUUGUUCAAGAGCUCCCCAUGUCUCGCAGUAGAGCAGUCAUGAUUGCACAUUUUGUCUUGAAGGAUGAGCGUUCUGAGGAAGAUAAAGUAAUUAUUAAUGAGGCUGUGAAUUCGUAUGUGGUUGAUGAGAGACUUGGUUUCGCUGAACCGGAAACAGGAGUAGAAGUUUAUUUCUGUCCUCCUCACCCAAGAAUCAAAGCACUUAUCGCAAAACAUCUGAUUAGGAAUUCUAAUGAAACAACAACCAUUGAUUCAGUUAACAACGGUCUAAUAGCUGUUGUUGUUUGGAGAAAAGUUGUUGUCAUUUCACCCAACUCAUCAUCUGCACACAAACACUCUUCAGAAAAUCAUCACUUUUCUUCAACCAGGAGACAACAACUAGUAAAGCAACAAGACCCUAUUCUUAAUUCUAAAUAUAGACCACCACCUAGUAUAGCCUCAGCUAGACCUGUGGUGCCAACCGUCAAUAAUAAUAAUGAUGACGAUGAUGACGACGAAGUCCCUCCUGGGUUUGGUCCGGGCCAAAUUCCAACCAGGGAAGAAGAUGACUUGCCUGAAUUUAACUUUACGAGCGGCAGCAUGCCUUCUCUCCCGACUAAAGUAAUUAAUAGAAGUGGUGGGGUUAGACCUAUUGCUACACCCAAAAUGACUCGCCCUGUAUCUCAAGUUCGAGAACUUAUAUUGAAAUAUGGUCAAAAUCCAUCAAAUACUUCUACUACCACCACUGGGUUUCAACCUUGGAAUGAUGACGAUGAUGAUAUACCUGAAUGGCAGCCUCAAUCUGAGGCAGCCCAAACAUAUCCUGUUAGGCAGCAGCCUAUGAUGUUACCUCAAACAAAUGAACAGUUUCCGGUUAGGCCAUCAAUUCAUGGAAGUGAUGGUAGGUGGGCGAGGCCGCCAGGUCCCCACCAGCUGCCGCCGACAUCUGGUGGUGGUUAUUAUGGUCAAUUGCCGCCGAAAAUCGAUAGGAGAACGGAAGCUGCUUCGAGAAAUAAUAGGGGGUUUUGAAUUUUGGUCAAUGUAAAAAGCCUGGUUUUUAUUGAUUAUUAUUUUAGAUCAAUGCUUUUUUUGAUGUUUAGUUAUGUAAUUAGGCAACCCAAAAAAGCUAGGAUUUUAGACUCUUUAUCAUACAAACUUGUUUCUUUUUGCGUACUGUCAAAGCAACUCUUUUCACCAACCCCAUCUUCUAGAAUAAUAAACUUCUUUUUUUAUAUU